AUGGCCACCAAAACACCAUCUCUGCUGGAGCAAAGCAUCACCACCAUCAUUGACACCUUCCACAAAUACUCUACUCAGGAAGGACACCCAGACACCCUGAGCCAGCGUGAAUUCAUAAAGAUGGUGAAAACCGAUCUGGCAAACUUUCUGAAGAAGGAGAAAAGGAAGGUAAAUCUCAUAAAUGACAUCAUGGAGGACCUGGACACAAACCUGGACAAGCAGCUGAGCUUUGAGGAGUUUUCGAUUCUGAUGGCAAAGAUGGUCUAUGCCACCCAUGAGAAGAUGCACGAGAAAAACCCACGUGGGCAUGACCACAGCCACGGUUCAGGCCUGGGGAAAUAA